AUUGUUGCAGAUACCAGGAAAUAAACUUCAAGCCGCAUGAUGGAUCUCAGAAGCAUCUACCUCUUCCUCCUCUGGACCACCGCCACACUAAUGGCUGAAGAAGAAGAAGACUUCACCCAAAAGUGCAACAAGUGCUCGUGUAGAUGGGCCAAUGGCAAAAGAACAGCCAACUGUACGAACCUAAACUUCAAUUCAAUACCCAACGACCUUAGCAGUCUCAUACGAGAAAUAGACUUUUCCUACAACCCUAUCUACCGAUUGGACAAAAAGAUCUUCGCGGACGCGAACUUGUCCAAUGUCCAUAAGCUGAAGUUGCAGAACUGCAGCAUAGAAUACGUUGACCAAAAAGCCUUCUAUCAGUUGGCUCUGCUCAUAGAGUUAGAUCUAGCUAGGAAUUAUAUUAAGAAACUGCACAAACACGUCUUUCGGGAGACAGUGAAGAUGAGGAUACUCAUAUUGAGUUACAAUCACAUCAAGGUUUUGGACGAUGAGCUGUUCAGGAACAUGUCUUAUUUGCAAAGGAUAUCGUUGGACCAUAAUCAAAUAGAGUCGAUAUCGCCGGAGACGUUCCAGAAUCUUCCAUCUCUGUCGCACAUUGACUUAGGAGACAAUAGGUUGCAGACCUUAGAUUUUGAUUUGAAGAAAACCCUGCCCAGACUGAAUAGCUUAAAUGUUGAAGGCAAUCCUUGGAUCUGCGACUGCCAUCUACAGGAAUUCCGACAAAGUGCCAUAAAGAAUAGCCUAAUCACAACGCGAACUGACUGUGAUAGUCCGCCAAAGCUGAAAGGCAGAGCUUGGCAGGACAACGUAGUGUUUGCAUGUGCUCCGCAAAUCAUUGAACCAGUUCCACUAACACAGAUAGAAGCAAAUUCAGCUAACGUCACAUUGACCUGCAAGGUGACUGGUGAUCCCACUCCUGAUGUUGAUUGGACGAACGGCGGGAUGAUUGUAGAAAGAGAUCCAAGAAAAAAUAGGCAAAAGUAUGUCAUUGCGAGAAAAACCACUGUAGAUGGUUACACGUGGAAUAAUUUGACGAUAGUGAAUGUUAACUACAGGGACCGCGGCGACUACAAGUGCAUCGCCAAGAACCCAGGCGGCGAGGACGAGAGGAACAUCACGGUACUGAUACCAGCAGGUACCAGCGGCGGGAUAGUACCAGGUUCAGUGUCGAACAGCGUAUACUGGAUCGUCGGACUGUCACUUGGGUUCCUAGUGGUACUGCUCGCACUCCUGUUGGUGGCAUUUUGUAUGUGCAAACGGCCGCCAAGGGGACAACCCGGGAAGAAUAGGGGACAGGAACACAACGAUAGUAGCGAAGAGUAUAUCAACAUGAGUGGAGGGCAUGCUGAUAUCAAAAAGGGCUUGAUAACGGACGUAAACCCUGUCACAAAACCACCAAGGACUUCAGUACCCCCGUCUGUGGUCAGUGGUGGCACCGAAGUUAGCGAUGUGAAGAGAAAUCUACUAGACAACGAUUCAGUGUUCGAAUGUGACGAUGAAUCCCGUUCGAUAGAUUUCGAACAACCGCUGCUGCGCAAGUCCCAACCUCUUUUGGACUCACCGAUUGGCCCUGGGGGACAGGCCCUUCAUUACCCGCCUGAUCUUCUGCCCUUUCCAGCUGCCGCUGCCAGAGCUGCACAGGUGUCCCCAGCUGCCAGCUGUGCGUCCACCGUAGCUGACACAGCUCGCCUGCCAUGUCCGCAAUCACCGUUACAUAGUCCAGUGUACGACCAACUUAGUCUGUACAGAUCAGAACAAUACAGAACACUGCCCUACUCCAGGUCCCAUUCACCUUUCGUUGCACCUGGUCAGAUCGCCCAAGCUCAGCCCAGAGUUCCCAGGCAUGGUUAUGUGACAAUGCCGCGCCGCCCCCGCCAGCAAUCCUGGUCUUCUGAACCACCCCUACUGUCCGACCUCGGCGAGCCCUUGUACGACAAUCUGGGCAAGCGGACUACGGCUACAGGAGCCAUCAGCACCCAGUCUUUGGACAAGCUGGACAGCAAUGGGAAGGCCACGGCCACCAGCACUCCCAGAACCAAUAGGAUGUUGAGUCCGGUUACCACCCCCGGGGGAUGCGACCCCAUCCAGGAAUUGCAUGAACAUUCGCCGCCAACGAUGGCCAGCCAAACGUUACCCAGGAACCACGUUCUAAGCUCAUCAUCGAAGCCGCCAGUCUCCUCGCGAACCCAAUGGGCGCGAUCGAACGCCGAAGCGCUCCGCAGCCCUGAGAAGCGCAACUCGACCGCUUCCUUACCUCCAGCAUCGCUGGCAGCACCGACGGCUGACGGCCAGCAACCGCCCACAACGACGAAGACGACCAAAGUUCCUCCAAGGCCACCGCCCAAACCCAAAAAGAGGCUAUCCACGUCUGGUACAAGCACCGGGCCGCUGUUUGAGGAUGAAGGAGAGGAUGGCACAGAGGUGUGAGACUGGCUUAGGUCAGUGCACGAGGCACUGAUCGUCGCGACAGCUGCGGCAGCCGGAACUUAGCCGGAACCGCAACCGGAACUGGAACCGGAACUGGAGCAGCAAGUGAUCCGUAUGAGUUGACGUGAACGCGUGUGUUAAGAUAUUACUGUAGUUGUAAAUGAUGCACGGGAAGCCCUGUCGGCUGGUCGCAUGCGGUAUAAAUAUAGAGAGGGUUCGAUUUCGACCUGACAAGGGUUGAUUUGAAUUUCAUGUUUAUUUCGGAUGUGUGUUGUAAGGCACUAUCCUCACCAAAAGCAACACGUUGGUAACUCGACUUCAACCCGAUUUCAUCUGGUUCUGUGGUUGUGAAAAAUGUCAUGAGGUACAGUUCUUUUCAAGAUUUUUCGCGAUUACAAUAUCAUACGAAUAAAUACUCGUAAGUGAACAGAUUGACUAACUGUACCUUGAGCUGAAAUUAACUUCUCAACGCAUCUUCUACUCGCUGUUGCACACAAACAUGGAUUGAGUGACAAGAGGGCCGCUGUUUUCAUUCACCCGCUAAAAAUACUCCAAUAAAUUUAAAAGACUGUUGUGGUAUUUUUAUUCAUCAAAAACUCCCAAUACAGUAGGAAUAAUAAACCAUAACAAAUCAAGGAUCUGCGGAACAUCUUGUAUGCAUACAUAUUUCUUGAGUCUGAUAAUCUGCUACAUAAUUAACUUACUUCUCACAUUUCUUUUAUCAACUUUACCUCUCCUGGAAAGUUUUCAACACCGCUGCUACAACUGAAUCGCUUCAAAGAACAUAAAAACGCGAUGGAGAAGUGCUUUUAACGCAUUAUCAAUGAUUUUUUGCGAAUACGUUCGCAACCUUAGCUGCAGGGUCACAGUGACAUCCACAAGCCAAACUCGGGUUGGAAUCGAAUUGCUUUUGGCGACUAUUCCUUAACUUGACCACAAAAGCCAACAUUGACAAAACACCAUAACAACUGUCAUUUAAAAAACGAUUCUAACUGCAUUGUUUUCGCCAAAAAAACGAACUCUAAAAUCGACCAAAUUGGUGGGGCUUGGAUUUUAAAUCGUGAUGUGUACUAACUAAAAAUUCUAUUCAAUUUAACUGAAAUUACGAGUACUGCUUCAAAAUUUGUACACCCAAGGAAUAAAAAAGCUCGGACAAUGUAACUCGGAACAAGAAGAAUACGGGAAAGAUUUUACUAAGACUUUCAUGUAAGGUUGUGAGGAAAUCAAAGUUUAUUCGAAAAAUGAAUCCUCGAUGUUGGAUUUCAUCCAAUUGAAACACAUUUUAAUUUGAAACUCCAAGUCCAUCAAAUAAAUCUAUUGUUAUAAAAGUGUCUAGUUGGAAAAUUGAAUAUUUCUUCUAUAUUUACAAAAAAAAAAUGGCCCAUGUCAAGUUCGGAAAACAAUCUUCUCAUUUCCUUACCACCGAUUUAACUUGUGGAAAACAAUUUUAUCUUGAUUUCAAUAUCGAUAACAUUUUGUUCCAUUUCAAAUUUUGAAGAGCUAAAUUUGGAUUUAGUAAAAAAUAAGUCUAUCCGUUAAACUGAUAAUUGUCAGAUAUUAAACCAUACUAUUUGGCUAAUGGUGGAGAUUCUUAUAAUUUUCCAGUGAGAUCGGACACUUGAGUUUUGUAUUGCCUUUAUCUUCCUUACGGAAUCACUGAUGUUAAUUCAGUCGAAGACUUGUAGAUAUGUUAACGUUUAUCUAUGUCCAGAUUGAAAGCAUGGAUGAAAACAAAUUGUGCUGAAUCAACUGAAAGUUGAAAUCCCAUCAAAAAAUAUUGAACAGAAGUUACAAAACAGCAAACAAAACAUCAAGCAUUGCCUCUAAAUUUUAUUCUAGCCAAAAAUUGACCAUUUAAUACGUGCUUGAUAUUCUGUCAGAUUCUGUUUUCCUGGCCAAUGAAUCCAGCAGAUUUCUAAAAAAUACUAUUUAUAUUACGUCCCAAAAAAUUAAUCAAAUAGAACUCUAUAUAUGUCUUGUGAAACAAACUUACAUACGCAAGUCUCAAGAAUCCACUAACACAUGGAACUUGAUCAUGGUGGUCCAAAUUUAUAUGGAAACGUAAUGUAUCAAAAAUCUUUGGGGCGACAACUGAUCUCUUUAUAUUCUAUGAGUACACGGAGUGAUUUUUAAGUAUACAUAGUUACGUUUUAAAUGAAACACUAAUAAACCUUUGGUGAUUUAUUAUAUAUUUAUGUAAAAUAUGUUUCCAGUUGUAGGUAAUACUUCGAAUGAACGCUUGAAUCCUUGAAUGUAAAGGUCAGUCUGUUUAAAUGCAUUCGGCAUGUCAAAAUCGAAUGAAAAAUGUAAAGACUAUUCACCACGAUAUUUCAGCACAUCCAUACAUAUUAGUCUUGAUAUUCAGUAGAGAAAAGAUUUACUUCCUCUAAUCAUUGAUGAAUGAUUUGAAAUGUAGUCAACAGUUAUCUCGCCUGGUUCUUUUUUAUUGUACUCCGAAAUUUCCGAAUAACUUUCGGCGAAGCAAUUCCCAAAAAAGCGUUAACAUUACUAGAAAUUACGAAGCAGCCCUGUUUUCGACCAUCCCAAAAUCUCACCAUGAAAGUGAUUUUUCAACAUCGGGAAGAGAAAAAAGUCACAAGGACUCAAGUCGGGCUGAGGAGCCACAUGAAUGUUUUUACUGGCCAAAAACUCGAUUAUUGACAUUGCUGCAGCAUUAUUAUCGUGAUACAACACCCUGUUGUUC